UUGGCGGGAUUCGAACCUGUGACAGCAUCUCACUAAGGGCCAUAUGUCGUGCGGAUGGGCAGGCGGUACGGCUGCAGCCACCAUGGCAACCGUGUCCCAAGAUCAGAUGUGCAGCAACGUAGCAACUGCCUGUUCGGGCGCGUUGACGCCUUCUUCUUCAAGUUCGAAAUGAAUCAGCGCGGAGAGCUGCACGUGCACGGCUGUAUCUGGCAGCCCGGGCUGCAGCCAGCACGCCUGCGAAAGGCGCUAGCGGACCCGCGGAGUUGUCCCGACGUGCUGGACUUCCUGGAGUCCGUGCAGACGCAGUGGUUUGCCUCACCGCUGCUGUUCAGCGGCGGCGAGCGACCGGUCCACGCUCAGAAGCUCAGCACCGAGCAGCUGCAGGAGGUGGCUGAGGCGGCUGGCAGCGAGCGCUUGACGGAGCUGCAGCGGGACGUUCUCAGUCAGGUGCUGGCAGGGGUGCGGGGUGGCCAACUCGGCCCAUGUGAUCGGUAACGGUCGGCAACCGCCCCCAAUUCCCAGUUGCGACCAGGCCCCGGCCCGAUUUCUUUGCAUAGACCUAUAAGGAGUACCCCAUAGAAGACCCCUGGCGCGCCGGGCGACUAUAUGACGGUGGUCGAAAACAUGCUUGCCGACGCAAAUUGGAACCUCGGCUUGGAGGCAGGGAGAGCUGCGCGAUAGCAACCUAUGGACCUGUAUUACAUUGGAGUUCUGAAGCAGCUUUGUUUCAGGACUUCGGGGGCCUACUACAAGCAGGGAGGGGCUUCCAUGCGACCGGCGAGGUGCAAUUUCGAGCCGGAGUUCAAAAGCAAGACUGCGCAAUAGCAGGCGCCAGCGCUGCUUUGAUACUUGACAUGUAACAACCAAUUUGG